AUGGGUGGGAAAACGAAAGAGGUUUGGUGGUCGAGUGAUGAAGAUGCCCAUAGUGCACACACUUACAUUCUACUUAAUUGUGAAGAUCCAUUUAUGCGCUAUUUUGAAAGCCUAUUUGUUAGUCAAGUCCAAGAAGCUAUCCCAGGUAUAUCCACAAGUGAGGUAGAUAAAAGGAAAGAUCGACACUUUAUUAAAUGGUUGAAGAGUCAGGUUGAAUAUGAGGAUCCAGAUUAUCCCAUAUGGUUUCACGAAUUAGUUCAGGGUCCACUUGCAAAGGUCACCACAUCACCAAUGUAUUUCUCACGAGGCUUUACUUUUCAUACGUACGAGUAUGGUAAACACCGGGCGACCAGCAAUUAUGGAAUUUGUGUGAAAGGCGAAACCGAUUUCUACGGGAUCUUGCAGGAGAUUAUUGAAGUGGAAUUCCAUGGGUUAUUGAAGCUGAAAUGCGUCAUAUUCAAAUGUGACUGGUUCGACCCCGUGGUCAACAGAGGUGUUCGAUUUAACAAAUUCGGUGUAGUUGCUAUCAAUGGUGGACGGAGGUACAACAAAUUCGAGCCUUUCAUAUUAGCUUCGCAAGCAGACCAAGUUAGCUUCCUACCAUACCCGAGGUUGCGAGAAUCUGGAAUAAGUUGGUUAGCCGUUAUCAAAGUUACACCCCGUGGACGAAUAAUCGGUGGAGAAGAACCACCUUUGCAAGAAGAACACAUCAAUGAAGUCGAAGAACCUGAACAACAAAUGGAAGACAUCCUACUCAUUGAUCCGCAUAAUCAUGAGUAUGAAGAUCUUCCCGACGAUACCACUGACGGGGCUAGUGGGGAAGAGUUUAAUGAAAGUGAUGAUAUGGUUAGAAAGAACAAGCAGAAGAAAACGCCCCACUACAGUCAGAUGUUCUGUGGUGAUCCUGCUGCUGGAUCAUCAUCUUCAGCUCCCGGUUCCUCCAUCCCGGAGAUUGUCCCGGAGUCUCAGUCACAGCCACCACCGGUUCCUCCAUCUGGUGCACCACCCCCACCUGCUGCACCUCAGGCGGUUCCAGAUCCGGUUGCACCCGGAUACAUUCAUCCGGAGUUGCGGGUGCCGCCGACCGCUCCUUUUGCUCGGUACACGGUUGAGGAUCUUCUCGCUCAACCAGGCCGAGCCGGUUUACCGGUUUUAGACCCCGACCGACCAGAGGGGACUCUGUGGUUUGGGGUCGACAAUUCUGUCGCUACGAGCGUAUCCGAUAUCAUCAAAGGAUACUUCUCCGAGGCUCACCCAAACUGGAAAAAGACGCCGCACCACGUUAGAAACACGUGGUUCAAGAUAUACCAUUGGUCCAUCGGGGUUCACGAGGACGUGAAACGGGAGUUCACCGCAAAGGCGAAGAAGCGGUUUUUGGACACCGUAGGCAACUGGAAGGAGGACUGUAUCUACAAGGGUUACAAGGACGGGCAACCCGCUGAGCUGACCAAGGAUGUCUACGAUGGUCUCAUCCGUUACUGGGAGCUGCCAUCAUCCAUUGCGAUCUCCAACGCCUGCUCCGCCUCUCGUAACACCAAAGACGAGCACGGCAACGGCCCGAUGCUUCACUGUACGGGUCAAAAACCCCAUGCCCGUGUCCGCUUGGAAAUGGCCAAAGAGACGGGACAACUCCCGUCUCUUAAAGAGCUUUACGAGAGGACCCACAAGACCAAGACGGGGAGACGAGCCGACGAAGUCACUCACCUGCGUUCGGAGUUAGACUCGACGCGGACUCAGUUGGCGUCGACGCAGACGGAGUUGGAGUCUACGCGCCAAUCAUUCCAAGCUCGUAUGGGUGGAGUGGAGGGGUUUCUGGAAGUUAUAUCUUCUGGAAAUCCCCAAUGGGAGGAGUUGUUGGCGGAUAUGCGACGACGGAACCCGGUUUCCGAGCCUUCUCGUACUCAGCAGCAAGAGGAAGAACUACAGAGGAGGAGUGAAGACCUCUACCGGGAAACGAUCCACCGCCCCGGCCCGACUUAG